CCUUAUAGCUUUCUCCUCUCCCACCAAACCCCCCGGCUAUUAUUGUCCCUUUCCCGCCGUGCUCCAAGAUCCCCGGAUGGAAGCACUCGCCCUCGCCACAGCGGCCGGCGGGAGCAGCCCCACCCUCCGGUUCCUCCUCUCCCGAACGCCCAGACCCUCUCGCUAUUUCUACCAUUCCACUCCACCAAAACGCCGUCCCAACUCCCGCCCAAAUCCCCAUUCCCUCUCAAUUCUCUCCAACAACUCCCUCUCCCCUUCUCUCCGCUCCCGUCGUCUCCUCCCUCCCUGCUGUGUAGCCUGCAAAGCCCAUGGCCAUGGCGAUCACGACGACGAUCAUCACCACCACGACCACGACCACCACCACCACCAUGGCCACGGUCACGGCCAUGGAGGGGAAGGGGAGCUUAAUAGGGCUCAAGAGGGGAUCAUUCGAUUUGCCAAGGCCGUAGGGUGGGCCGACCUGGCAGAUCUUUUGAGAGAGCACCUGCAGCUGUGCUGCUGCUCCAUGGCGCUGCUGCUUCUCGCCUCCGCCUGCCCGUAUGUCCUCCCUGAUCGAGCCGCGAAGUCCUUGCAGAAUGGUCUCAUCGCCAUCGCGUUCCCUCUUGUCGGGGUUUCAGCAGCUCUUGAUGCUGUUCUAAAUCUUGCUGCUGGGACAGUAAAUAUCCAUGUUCUUAUGGCUCUUGCAGCCUUUGCAUCAGUGUUCAUGGGAAACUCAUUGGAAGGUGCCCUGCUUCUUGCAAUGUUUAACCUGGCCCACAUUGCGGAAGAGUAUUUCACAAGCCGAUCAAUGAUCGAUGUGAAGGAACUCAAGGACAACCACCCAGAUUUUGCACUGCUGCUGGAAGUGAAUGGCGAUAGACUACCUCAAUUCUCAAAAUUGAAUUACACAAAAAUUCCAGUGCAUGACCUUAAAGUGGGUUCUUAUAUUCUCGUCAGGGCUGGUGAGGCUGUGCCUGUGGAUGGGGAGGUCUUUCAAGGUUCAUCUACAAUUACUACUGAACAUUUAACUGGAGAAACUAAACCUCUAGAAAGAAAGGUUGGAGAUAGUAUUCCUGGGGGUGCUAGGAAUUUGGAAGGAAUGAUGAUUGUUAAGGCAACAAAGUCUUGGAAGGAUUCAACAUUAAACAGGAUUGUGCAGUUGACUGAAGAAGGGAAGCUAAAUAAGCCAAAGUUACAAAGGUGGCUGGAUGAAUUCGGAGAGCACUAUAGCAAGGUUGUUGUUGCUUUAUCUUUGGUGGUUGCUUUGAGUGGACCAUUUCUUUUUAAAUGGCCCUUCAUUGGAAACUCAGUUUCCAGGGGUUCAAUUUAUCGUGCCUUGGGGCUUAUGGUAGCAGCAUCUCCAUGUGCAUUAGCCGUAGCCCCUUUAGCAUAUGCUACUGCAAUCAGUGCAUGUGCUAAGAAGGGAAUUUUGCUUAAAGGUGGGCAUGUAUUAGAUGCCCUUGCAGCUUGUCAGUCUAUUGCAUUUGAUAAAACUGGGACCCUGACAACAGGGAAGCUUAUGUGCAAGGCAAUUGAGCCCAUUCAUGGGCAUUUGGGAGGAAGAAGAUACGAGGUUCCAUCGUGUUGUAUUCCAAAUUGUGAAAGUGAAGCUCUAGCGGUAGCUGCAGCAAUGGAAAAGGGAACUACUCAUCCUAUUGGAAGAGCAGUUGUAGAUCAUAGUCGAGGGAAAGACCUUCCAGACAUUUCUGUUGAAAGCUUUGAGUCUGUACCUGGCAGAGGUCUUUUUGCAACAUUGACUGGUAUCAAGUCACUAACUGGAGAUAAAGAGCUUUUAAAGGCAUCGCUUGGUUCUGUCGAGUACAUUGCCUCAUUGUGUAAAUCUAGUGAUGAGUCUGCAAAAAUAAAGGAAGCGGUGAGGACAUCUGCUUACGGUAAUGAUUUUGUUCAAGCUGCUCUCUCUGUUGAUAAGAAGGUAACGCUUUUCCAUUUUGAGGAUGAGCCCCGACCUGGUGUUGCAGAAGUAAUAUCUACUUUAAAAGAUCGAGCAAAGCUUCGUAUAAUGAUGCUAACUGGUGACCAUGAGUCAAGUGCAAGAAGAGUUGCUAAUACUGUAGGCAUUAAUGAAGUGCAUUGCUGCUUGAAGCCUGAAGAUAAGCUCAACCAAGUAAAAAGUGCUUCUAGAGAUAGAGGUGGAGGAUUGAUAAUGGUAGGAGAUGGUAUCAAUGAUGCACCUGCACUUGCUGCUGCAACUGUAGGUAUCGUGUUGGCUCAACGUGCUAGUGCAACUGCAAUAGCUGUUGCAGAUGUGCUGUUGUUGCAGGAUAACAUUUCUGGUGUUCCAUUUGUUAUAGCCAAAGCUCGCCAGACAACAUCAUUGGUCAAGCAAAGUGUUGCACUUGCUUUAACUUGCAUUUUUUUCGCUUCUCUUCCUUCAGUGUUGGGUUUUCUUCCUCUUUGGUUGACGGUUCUUCUUCAUGAAGGAGGGACCCUUCUUGUCUGCUUGAACUCAAUUCGUGCCCUUAAUAACCCAACAUGGUCUUGGCUACAAGAUCUACGGCAGCUCGUGGAUGGACUAAGAAAGGCUGUAGCUGAUCUCCUCAAUAAGAGGCCUCCGAGGAGUCACAUAAUUCAGGCAGCUCCAUUGUAAUUAUAUACCACAAUUUCUCAGCUCCUGUGGCAACAGAAUCAAUUUUUGAGAGAUGAUUCUAAAUUACAUAUGGAGGAUGAAUGUAUGCACAAAAUUUUAUCUUUUGUCUAUAUCAUCAGCAAUUAGAUUCUGAAGUGAAAACUAGGACUGCAGUGACUUAGUUCUCUGGUGUUUGUUCCUGCCUUGUCAUUUGUAGGCUCUUUAAAAUGUGGAAGAAUGUUGAAUGCUAAGUAAAUAGAUUCCUGAGUCUGAGUCAUUCAUCUGCAUUAAUGUUGUGCGUUGAAGGUUUCAUUUUGUAAAGUAUACUCAUAGUGGCCAGAUGUAAUUGAAUCCUCGCAUAAGCAGAUGUACGCUUGUUGAAAACAUCUCAAAUAGCUUUUAUGCAAUGAAAUUAUGUAUUUUUUCAUUGUU